AUGAAAUAUAAUAGAAAAGUGAGCAGUUCCAGAAGAACAUGCCGAAAGGCACAUUUUACAGCCAACGAUGCAAAGAGAAGAAUAAUCAUGUCAUCCGGGCUUAGCAAAGAAUUAAGAGAACAGUACGUCUUUAAGUCAUUCCCUGUAGUAAAAGGAGAUGAAGUACUUGUCCUUAGAGGAAACUUAAAAGGAAAGACAGGAAAGGUUGUAAAAGUGAACAGAGCCACUUACAAAGUAGUUUUGGACAUAUCUUACAGAGAAAAGAAGAAUGGACAGACUGCUUCAUUCGGUAUUUGCGCAUCCUCCCUUGUUAUAACAAAAUUAUGCAUGGACCAUAACAGACAAGCUCUUCUUGAGAAGAAGAAGGCUGCAAGAGUAGCAGGAGACCUUAGAAAGAACGAAAAAGAUGCAGCAACUGCUUAAAAAUAAUAAAUUGCC